GAACAUAUUUUUUUUUUUUUUUUCUACACUCUUCUUUUUUUUCUCUUUUACAAAAAAAAAAUACAACUUUUUCACCAUGGCUGACAUCAACCAAAUUGCCACUGCUUUCACUCAAUUCUACUAUGAGACUUUUGAUCGUAGCAGACAAGAUUUGACCUCUCUCUAUAGAGAGCAAUCUAUGCUCACCUUUGAGGGACAACAAUUUUCUGGUGCUGCCGUUAUUGUUGAAAAGUUGGUUUCUCUCCCUUUCCAAAAGGUUCAACACAAGAUUUCCACUACCGAUGCCCAACCUGGUAACCCCACCAGCGGUUCGAUUAUUGUUGCUGUUACUGGUGCACUUUUGAUCGAUGAUGAACAAAACCCUCAAAUGUUCUCUCAAACCUUCCAUUUGGUUCCCGAAGGUGCUUCUUACUGGGUCUACAACGAUAUUUUCCGUUUAAACUAUGCUUAAAAUAAAUAGCUGAAUACCGCUUUUUUUUUUUCU